CUCGCAGGGGCAAAGCAUUUUACCGGUUUGAUGUCAAGAUAAGCUGCAACUGCGACGGCACCAGCCUAUUGGGCGGGGCGUCUUUGUGAAAACAUGGUGCAGGUACUCAGACUGGGGCUUCAAGUAGCCCUACUUUUAAUAGCCGUGCUUGCGACGGCAAAUGCAUCAAAUGUGUUUGAGCGCAAGGAACGCAGCUUGUUGGCGACUUGCGAGCCUCUUCCGUUCACGGAGUUGAAGCCGACGGUUACGCACGCGCCUGUGCUGGAUCUUGAGUGGGUUGGCGCAGAUGACCUCACGGUGUUUGCGAUCACGCACAAAUAUGCGUCUGAGGCGGGCGGCCUGUGGCGCUCCAAGGACGGCGGGAGCUCGUUCGUAGAGCUGACUGCGAAGCUGAACGCCUCCAUCUCCAACGCCGAGGUGUUCAGUGUGAUGGGGGUGUACAGCCAGAAGAGCCAGCCCGGCAACGUGCUGCUGCUGGGCACCGGCACCUACAUGUGGGUGUCUUCGGACUACGGCGAGACGCUGACGCCGGUGCGCACGCCCACCAAGUGGCGAGGCAGCGGCAUCCGCUCAGCCAAGAUGCACCCGCGGCGCGACAACUGGUUGCUGGUGCUGGUGAAGCGGCCGGACUGCAAGAGCCUGGAUAAGGCGCAGAUGGAGUGCCCGCACGACCUCAUGCUCAACAAGGACGUGUUCACGCCCGGCUCGGCCUGGACCAACCUGACCGCGGACUCCAACGGCGCGGUGGCGGGCUUUGUGGACUUCGACUGGGGGGCCAGCCUGUGCCCCAGCGGCAACUGCACGGACCUGCCGCCCAUCUCCGACGACCUGGUUUUGGCCACCAUGUACGCCAAGCCCGGCGACUACGACCAGCCCUGGGACCCGGACGUGCACUUCACCGCCUCCACCACCUACUUCAAGUCGUUCAGCACGCACGUGCGCUGCGGCAACAUGUUCGAGGUGGUGGGUCGCUCCGUGUACCUGGCCUUCGCCAACAGCUGCCCCACAGACGUCAAUGGGAAGUCCCGCUCCUCUCCCAGCUCCUACCCCCGCGGCAUCACGCUAUACACCAGCCUGGACGCCGGCAACAGCUUCACACAGGCCUGCCUGCCAGUGGCGCUCAAGCAAGAGGGCUACGAGCUGGUUGAGACGCACGACGGGCGCGGUGCGGUGGUGGUGGUGGACUUCGUUGUGGACACGGGCUUCAUGGACCUGCCCGCCAGCUCCGUGUACACAGCCGGGCCGCACCACGCCCUGUUCAGCCUCAGCCUCACAGACGUGUACCACAGUGAGUUCGGCACCACAACCGACUUCGCGCGGGUGGAGGGCGUGCCGGGCAUCUACAUUGCCAACCAGAUGCUGCCCAAGCCGCCCGGCUCCGGAUCCAGCGACGCAUCUGGAUCCGGAUCUGGAUCCGGAUCCGGCGGCGGCGAGGGCGGCGGCGCUGACUACUACGACCUGUCGGACCUGACGGAGCAGCCGCUGGUGGAGACACGCAUCACCUUCAACGGGGGCGGCCGCUGGCAGCGCAUCCCCGCGCCCCGCAACAUCGCCAACCCCGCCUGCGACCGCUGCGGCGGCGCGUCCGCCUGCUUCCUGCACCUGCACGGGCUGUCGGCGUGGGACAACAUGGGCUCCUCACUGCCCGCCGUCUACUCCAACCCCUCCGCGCCCGGGCUGGUCAUGGCCACUGGCAACGUGGCGCCGCUGGGCGUGGGGCUGGACGGCAACGACGGGCUGUGCACGUGGCUGUCCUCGGACGGCGGCGUGACGUGGGCGGAGGUGGGCGCGGGCGCCUACAUCUACGAGUACGCCGACUGGGGCGGCCUGGUGGUCAUGGCGCGACACCCGGGCGUGGACCCCAGCGCUCCCGCGGCGGCGGCGGAUGAGAUCAGGUUUAGCCUGGACUACGGCCGCUGCUGGCAGUCCGUGCCCCUGUCUGUGGCGCUGCUAGUGGACAAUGUGCGCAUCGAGCCUGACGGCCAGCGCCCGCGUGUCAUCCUGCACGGCCGCUCCUGCCGCAACACCACCAACCCCAAGUGCAGCCACACAGCGGCCACGGACAGCAGCUCGGGCGAGCAGCUGCGGCUGACUCGGCGCAAGCAGGACUCGGUGUGCCUCAACGGCCCCACCUACAGCCGCCCCACACCGCACGCCACCUCCUGCAACUGCACGCUGGAGGACACGGAGUGCGACUACGGCUACAUCCGCGACGGCGAGAAGUGUGUGGCCAUCAGCGCUGACCGCAUGCCGCAGUGCCCUGUGUUGGACUCCAACACCUAUACCGUGUCCGACACGGGCCGCCGCCUGGUGCACAGCGACACGUGCCUCAACCCCGCCGCCAUCAUCCCGGACACCGAGGGCACCGGCAAGAGCAACAAGCCCGCCUCCAACGGCUCCAAGGGCAAGAAGGAGGUGCACCGCAGCGGCUGGUUCGGCUUCUUCAUCUUCGCGCUGGUGGUGGCUGUGCUGGCGGGCCUGUUCUACUCGUGGUGGCGCUUCAUGGCCAGUGAGGCGCAGCAGGACACGGCGCGAGAGCUGGCGGGCGCGGCGGCGGGCCACGUGGCGGCGCUGUGGGGGCUGCUGGUGGACAAGAUCAGGAGUUUGCGGCGGGGCGGCGGCGGCGGGGCUGGUGGCGGCGGCGGUGAGGAGCUCGGCUACUUCCAGCCGCUGGGCGACCCCGGCCACGACGUGGAGGGGCGAGGCAACAUCUUCACACUCAAGUAGAUUGUUUGAGUGUGUGAGUGUGUGUGUGUGUGUGAGUGUGUGUGUGUGUGUGUGUGUGUGUUAAAGAGCACAAGGAAAACAUUACGCGUAGGACAGUGUAUGCGAUGCAGAAUUACGCGUGUGUGUGUGUGUGUGUGUGUGUGUUUUUGUUGGACAAAUAUCAUGUGGCCCGAGUUAUUGUGGGUUGGGGCGGGAACUGCUUCGACAGAGGGUGGUGGGUGCGGGCGUAGGUGUAGUCCGCGAGGGAGGCCCGGUGUUUUGCAUUUGACGUCAGGAAGCUGCUUCGACUGGAUAGGCAUGGGGUUUCAAGAGCUAGGCAGGGAUACACGAGAGGCGGAGGGGCAAUACAUGCACGUGUGGCGCAGCACGGGCGUGGCGUGGCGCGACGUGGGUGUCAGGGGAGGCGUGGUGCGGCGUGGCGUGAGUGCAGGAGUUGGGCUGCGGGGGCUGGGGCCAGGCAGGUAGGGCAGGUGGGGAGCUAGGCUUUCCGAGUGCUCCCAGCAUCCUUUCUAGGAGCGCAUGCAUUGCUUGGAAUGCGGCUGUGUUAAUUGGUCUGGUCUUGGCGGUUGGCGAAGUGUGUGGUGCGUGUGCCGCAUACGGUGCUCUGCUCUGUGCUGUGUAGGGCGGGACAGGCAGGACGAGCGCGCUGUACUGCAACGAAACGAGGGCGCGCGCAGUGGUGGGAGUCGGGAGUCAGGCUGUCAGGGAGACGUGCCUGGAAGGAGCAGGUUGGCAUGGACGCUUGCGCAUUGCGGCAUGGCAGGCAUGGCAGUGGCCGAUUACACCGGUCGUAAGAGGGCGUGAAGAUGUCCUUCAAUGUCAUGGGAACC